CAGAGCACUCUUCUGACACUGACAGUGAUGAAGACUGGAGAGCUCCACCCAGCCGUUCACACAUGGACACAGGGUCUGACGAAGACGAGUCUGCGCCAGAGACCAGAGCCACCGUGAAUACUGGAGACACGACAGGAACCGGAGAAGGAGCUGAGGGCAAGAAACACAAGUGUUCUGUUUGUAAAGAGAGAUUUGGGUCUAAAUAUAAACUACAAAUACACCGCAGAGUUCACACAGGAGAGGAACCUUUCAGCUGUUCAGUCUGUAAGAAAGAGUUUACUGUAAAACUUAGUCUCACACUGCAUAUGAGGACACACACAGGGGAGAAACCGUUUGGCUGUUCAGUCUGUAAGAAAGAGUUUGCUACAAAAUGUAAUCUCAAAACACACAUGAGGACACACACAGGGGAGAAACCGUUCGGCUGUUCAGUCUGUAAGAAAGUGUUUGCUGAUAGUUCUGGUUUAAAAAGUCAUAAAAGGACACACACGGGGGAGAAACCGUUCGGCUGUUCAGUCUGUAAGAAAGCGUUUGCUAAAGCCUCUCAUCUCAAAACACACAUGAGGACACACACAGGGGAGAAACCGUUCAGCUGUUCAGUCUGUAACAAAGCGUUUGCUGAUAGUUCUAGUUUAAAAAAACAUAAAAGGACACACACAGGGGAGAAACCGUUCAGCUGUUCAGUCUGUAACAAAGCGUUUGCUGAUAGUUCUAGUUUAAAAAAACAUAAAAGGACACACACAGGGGAGAAACCGUUCAGCUGUUCAGUCUGUAAAAAAGUGUUUGCUACAUCCUCUCAUCUCAAAACACACAUGAGGACACACACAGGGGAGAAACCGUUCAGCUGUUCAGUCUGUAACAAAGCGUUUGCUGAUAGUUCUAGUUUAAAAAAACAUAAAAGGACACACACAGGGGAGAAACCGUUCAGCUGUUCAGUCUGUAAAAAAGUGUUUGCUACAUCCUCUCAUCUCAAAACACACAUGAGGACACACACAGGGGAGAUACCAUUCGGCUGUUCAGUCUGUAACAAAGCGUUUUCUCAUAAAUCGACUCUCAGACUGCAUAUGAGGACACACAACAGACCGCAUUUAUAAAUUGUCACAGCUCACGCUCUAGCCGCCGCGUUCCAAACAGGAAGUUCCCGUGCGGCUCGUCCGGCUCCUGCUGA